UGGCUUGGCCCAAUUGCAGAUAAUGGGCCUCGAACGUAACGGAAAGAAAAUCACACUCCCUCCCACCUGUUAUCAUAUCGUCUUCUUCCUCGUUUCAUUUUCAUUCAAUACAAUACAAUACCAACACCACAAUUCUCAACCUUUCACCGCUCCCUAUGGCUGCCUGUAGCUUUGGGGCUUCAAGUUUGAAGCUUUACAACUUGAGGUUAGCUCCUGAUAGAAUAGAAUUAGCUAAUUUGCAACAGAAUUGUUAUGGAGUUAGGUUCGACAACGCCCGACGGUUUGAUCGGCUGGUGUUGUCGAAAGGAUCGAGUCGGUGCCUCUGUUUGUCUGCCAAGAAUGCCCAAUCAGCAGGUGCAGAGUUAGAAGACUCUCCUGAGGUUGAAAGAUCAUCUGAAUCAACAAGCCAAUUCACUCCAAGUGCUGCAGAGGUGGAGUCUCUUCUAACAGAAAUUUGUGACACAACCUCAAUUGCAGAGUUUGAAUUGAAACUUGGUGGAUUUCGGUUACAUGUACUGAGAAACUUAACGGUAGAAAAUACAAGUUCUCCACCGCCAGUUUCCGCUCCAAUCGUCACUGCAAACGUGGAGUCAACUGAACAAAACGGGUCAGCAUCGUCACCGUCUCUAGCCAUUACCAAAGUUGAACCUACUUCGGGUGGGAUUCAGGCGUUUCUUGAUACAGCUGCAGAUGAAGGGUUGACUGUAAUUCCGUCUCCCAUGGUUGGGUACUUUCGAAGAUCACGAACUAUCAAGGGGAAACGAACACCUCCGCCAUGCAAAGAGAAGCAAACUGUAAAGGAAGGGCAAGUCAUUUGUUACAUCGAGCAGCUCGGUGGGGAGCUUCCCAUUGAGUCUGAUAUAGCCGGAGAAGUUAUUAAGAUACUCCGUGAGGAUGGUGAUCCGGUGGGAUAUGGCGACGCUCUAAUUGCAAUUCUGCCCUCUUUUCCCGGAAUCAAGAAGCUACAAUAGGUUGUCGCAGCACCCUUUUUUUGCAGAUGAGCUUAUCACCGUAUUUAUCGAGAUUGGUUGGUUGGUUGAGAUACUUGUACAUGGCUUAUCACCAUAUUUAUCGUACUAUCUUUCUUACCAAGAUUUAUUUUCUUGUAUUUUUGGCCUGUAUGACCACCGCGCACUCAUCUAAUAAAGAUGUAAAGUGAGACUUAUUUCGUCUUCCA